AUGGAUUCUACACGCUCUUUUGGACGCUUUGUCGUCGCUUCCUUUCUUUAUCUAGCUCCCGCUCUUGUUGGUGCUCAGGACGCCGCUGGUAAGGCUACUGCUCUGCAGUCCUGCCUUAACACUGCCGGCGUUCGCAACGUCAUCAGCACCGACCCUAGCUGGGCUGAUGAGACUACCGGCUUCCAGAAGCGCAUCAAGGUCGACCCGGCCGCCAUUUCUUUCCCUGAGAACAAGGACCAAAUUGCUCUCUCUCUCGAUUGCGCGCGCAAUGCCUCUGCCAAGGCCACGGCUCUGGGAGCUCGUCACUCCUUCCAGGCCUACGGCUUCGGCGACCCGGGCAGUCUUGUCAUUAGCAUGGCUGCCUUCAACUCCGUUUCCUACGAUGACGCUACCCAGCGCAUCACCUACGGUGGUGGCUCUCACGUCGGCCCCGUCCUGAAGCACCUUUGGGACACUGCCGGUCGUCAUUUCCCCCAUGUCCGCGGUGCUCACGUCGGUCUUGCGGGCUCUAGCAUUGGCGGCGGCUUCGGUUCUACCUCCCGUCACCUCGGCACCCCUAUGGACAACCUCGAGUCCGUUGAGUUCAUGCUGUACAACGGCACCAUCGUCAACGCCGGCAAGGGCUCCGACCUCUUCUGGGCGGCUCAGGGUGCUGCUGCCUCCUACGGUAUCCUUCUCUCUGUCACCACCAACACCCACAAGCCCCUCUUCGAGAAGGCUGUCAACUUCACCCUCAACCUUGGCCGACUGGACGCUGAGACUGGCGCUAAGGCGCUUAUUGCCGUCCAGGACUACGCCCUGAGCAAGAGCUGCCCUGACGAGCUUGCUCUCCGCUGGAGUCUGAGUGCUCCUCCUUACUCUGCUACCGGUUACUUCUACGGCAACCCGGCUGAGUUUGACAAGGUCAUCGCUCCUCUUGUCUCAUCUCUUAACGAAGUUGCCCCCAAUGCUACCGUCCUUGCCAAGACUGAGCUCCCCUUCUGGGACAUGGAGGUUGCUGUCGCCGGCGCCGGUAUGAACCAGCCUGAGGGUGGCACUCUCGGCGGCCGCGCUUUCUACACUCAGGCUUUGACUACCACCACCGAUCACCCCUUGACCCUUGAGCAGGCCAAGACCCUCUUCGAGAGCACCACUCUGGCCUUCAACCGCACUGACCUCCGCAAGUCCGGUUUCCUCGACCUUUGGGGUGGUGUUUCCCGUGAUAUCUCUGAUGCCGAUACCAGCUACGCCCACGGCAAGAACCUGUGGCUUAUCCGCUGGGAGGCCAACUCUGUCGAUGCCAGCAACUACCCCGCCGAUGGCCCAGCUUACAUGAAGAGCCUCAUCAAGCCCUUCGAGGAUGCUCUCGUUGCCGGUGGUUCCACCCUCCGUGGUUUCGUCAACUAUGCCGAUACCGAACUUGAGGAGGCUGAGUGGAGCGCCCGUCUCUACGGUGCCAACUUUGAUCGCCUUAAGAAGAUCAAGGCCGCCGUUGACCCCGAGGGUCUCUUCAUCAACCACAAGCAGGCCAUUCCCCUUCCUUGA